AAUUCGUGGAGUCUAAAACUGACAAGUGGAUACCGGUUUAUAAUCCCGCAACCAAUGAACUGGUCACUCUUGUACCAGAAACCACUCCUCAUGAAUUGAAAGAGGCGGUCGAUACGGGAGUCGAGGCGUUUAAAGAAUGGCGUAAAACUUCAAUUCUCACGCGACAGCGAGUUUUAUUGGAUCUUCAAUCCUUGAUUCGAGAGAACAUCAAUGAAAUUGCAAAAUCCAUUACAAGAGAACAAGGAAAAACGUUUCCUGACGCCAAGGGGGACGUUUUUAGAGGAUUGCAGGUUGUUGAAAAUGCUUGUGGUAUCACUAAUUUAUACAUGGGCGAGAAAUUGGCUGUUUCCACUGAUAUGGAUACAUACACUAUUCGAGAGCCGCUGGGUGUUACUGCUGGGAUCUGUCCUUUUAACUUUCCUGCGAUGAUUCCUCUGUGGAUGUUUCCCUUAUCCAUUGCUGCUGGUAACACAAUGAUAAUAAAACCUUCCGAAAAAGAUCCUGGAGCUGCCAUGAUUCUUGCUCGACUGGCCAACGAAGCCGGAAUUCCACCUGGUGUUCUCAACAUCGUUCAUGGAUCAGUUGACACCGUUAACUUUAUAUGCGAUAAUGAACACAUAAAAGCUAUUUCUUUUGUUGGAAGUGAUCAAGCUGGUAAAUAUAUUUAUAAGCGAGGAACGGCUAACGGAAAGAGGGUUCAGGCCAACUUGGGUGCCAAAAAUCAUGGAAUUAUAAUGCCUGACGCCAAUAUGAACCAUACACUCAAUCAGCUUGCUGGUGCUGCUUUCGGUGCUGCAGGACAACGAUGCAUGGCAUUAUCAACAGUUAUAUUUGUGGGAGAGACAAAUAACUGGUUACCGGAACUUGUUAAACGUGCAAAAAAUCUAAAGGUUUCUGGGGGGAUGGAACCAGAAACCGAUGUGGGUCCGUUGAUUACUCGUGAAGCAAAAAAACGCGUUGAGCGGUUAAUUCAAAGCGGAGUGGAUCAAGGUGCAACGCUGGUUUUAGAUGGUCGUAAUCCGAGUGUUCCGGAAAAAUAUAAGGAUGGAAAUUUUGUUGGACCAACAAUAUUGGCUGAUGUCAAUCCAAGUAUGGAAUGUUAUAAGGAAGAAAUAUUUGGUCCUGUUUUGCUUUGUCUGAGGGCUGAUACUCUAGACGAAGCCAUAAAUAUAGUUAAUAAAAAUCCUUAUGGUAAUGGUACAGCCAUAUUUACAAAUAGCGGUAGUAAUGCACGGUAUUUUACUACUAAUGUUGAAGUUGGACAAAUUGGAAUAAAUGUACCGAUUCCGGUUCCUUUACCAAUGUUCUCAUUUACCGAUGGAAAGUCGGGACUGCAAUUUUAUACACAAACCAAAACAGUAACAUCUUUAUGGAGGCAUGAAGAUGUUGGGCAUAAGAGAUCAGCU